AUGUUCUUAACAGCUGCUUUAAAAUUUUCCUUCCUGGCAACUGGGCUUGGAACCAAGAUAUAUAUUACAGACAUUAUUUCAGAGGACCCAGCAAACCACGGAUCAACAUUUGUGCCCCUUAUUGUUGGCAGCGACAAAACUACAGUAUCUGUCACUACAGGGCAUACUGAGUACCACCCUCUCUACCUAUCCAUUGGUAAUAACAUUUUUAAUAGUGUUCGGCAUGCACACUGUAAUGGUGUUGUGUUAGUGGGAUUUUUGGACUAUCCCAGAAAGAACAUCUACAAGACAGUCGACUUUUGUAAUUACCACUGGCAACUAUUCGGCUUAGGGCCAUAUAUAGCAGACUAUCCAGAGCAGGUGCUACUGUCAGGUAUUGUUACAGGAUGGUGCCUAAAAUAUUUGAACAAUUGCAAAGAUCUCAAUGGAGAAGGACUAUCUUUGCUCCAGUGUAGAGAGCACACCGACUUGCUCAUUGAAGAGCUCAAUCGGAUGAAGCUAUGGAUUCAAAUACGUGAUUUUCCCCGAGGAGAUAUACAUGAACUCCUUUCUCCGGAUCUCCUACAUCAGAUCAUUAAGGAUACCUUCAAGGACCAUCUUGUUACUUGGGUUGAACAGUACCUGGAGCAUACACAUGGUGCUUUGUGCGCAGCAGAAAUUCUGGAUGAUAUUGAUCGAAAGAUCACUUCCAUUGCUCCUUUUGCAGGCCUGUGCCAUUUUCCAGAAGGGUGCAGAUUCAAUCAGUGGACAGGCAACAAUUCCAAGGUGCUGAUGAAGGUCUAUCUGCCUGCCAUCAGAGGCCAUGUCCCUCAGGAUGUCAUUUGUACAUUUAAUGCACUUACUGAGGAUGACCUUACACAGCUUCAAGAUGCACUGGACCAUUUUCACCAGUAUUGUGAAGUGUUCAAGACCAUGGGAGUCAUACCCACCUUCUCACUUCCACACCAACAUUCCUUGAAGUAUUACCUCCUCAUGAUCCAGCGCUUUGGAGCCCCCAAUGGCCUCUGUUCUUCAAUAACAGAGUCAAAACAUAUCAAGGCAGUCAAAGAGCCCUGGCACCGCUCUAGUCGGUACAAAGCACUGGGUAUGCUUCAAGGUUCGUGUAUGUCAGACGCUUUCCGGGCACUGAGACAAGUGUCAGGCGGUGCACGUGACAUUUCUGACCUGGCACUUGAGCUUGGGCUUCCAAACUUCCCUACUAUUCUCCAACAGUUUCUUUAUGAUCAACUUCAUAUCACGGAUCCUGACCCUCCUAUAUUUGACCCUGCAACAGCACCAGCCUUCAUGGGCUGA